CGCUGCGCCCGUGGCCACGAUACCGUAGCUGUCGCUCUAGGUCAAGUAUGCCCUAGACAAUGCUUGGUAACCCUAUACUGCACAUGCCAUGACCGCAAUUAAGGGGCGUUCCACGUCUCCGCUAUGUACGGCGAGAUGCCGCUGUGUGUACGUCUACAAGGUUCAAAGGGGCCUCCACACAAGAAGCAUGCGGCAAGGGAACCAGGUUCCGUGUAACGUGUCCUACUUGGUGGUCAUUUAUGCGCGGUCACGUGGAUACAUAGAAGGGGAGCGGCGUGGAAGGGCCAUAGACCCCGGGGACUAUGCGGCUACAGCUGAGUUCAACCACAGCACCCCGACGGCAUGCGGAUAGACAGAUGUAAAGGGCGGAUUGCUCCUAGGCAGGAUGGCCUGUUUGCAAGCGCCUUGCGGCGUUGUUAGCAAAGUCAAAAGUACGAAACUCCAAUGGCGCUUGCUGCUUGCAUGUUGCCCCUGUGCAUUGCUGCAAAGCGAAAUAUCUUACUAAAUAGAAAUGUUACUAAGAUGAUACUUUAACAGGACGUCCUUUAAUCAUUACUAGAAUUUUUAGACUGCAAUGAUUCGUAAAGAUGGCAUAAGUACAUAACCGCCUACAUGCCAUGACAAUGGGCCUCGAACAUAUGACGUUUCUACAAGGGCUGUCUGAAUUAGAACGCAGCGCUUUGUUGGCAGAUGCUCAUCCGGGAGGGGAUUGCUUUCCUUUUGAUGUCGUUGGGGAAGCGAAAAUUAGCCGUGGCCAUGGCAGUGACAAAAGCGACAGGGCAGAGUGCGAACAGCUCAAGCUGCAGCUAAAGGGAGAGCGGGAACGACGGCAGCAGCUGGAAGCUCAGGUUUCCUCUCUGCAAGCAGCGCUCACAGACCAGUCUGUUGAACUCGAUGAGCUGCGGAGCAACAGGAACCUGCUGCGUCAGCGUGCCUUGCGCAACGACGAGCAGGGGUCACGUCUGGCGGCCUCGGUCACGUCCCUGGAGCAGGAAAACGCCUCGCUAACCGCCAAACUGCUGGCGGCUUCCAACGAGCGUGCCCAGCUGGUUUCGAAGCUUGAGACGUUACAGGUGCGGGUUUCGGAGCUGCAGCAGAACUGCGUGAGCAUGGCCAGCUGCUGCGAGGACGGCGUUGAACGGCGGGACAUCCUGCGGCGCAGCCGGCUGGGCGGGCUGAUGCGCGACGCGGCGGCCGCGGGGGCGCUAGACGCGGACCUGCAGCAGUCGCUGAGCGCGAGCGUCUCCCUGGACCGACCCGCAUCGAACAAGGCGGUGGGCAACACCAUCGCGUCGCUCACUCGCGAGCGCGACGUGCUGCAGCAGCGAGUCAACGAGCUGUCGACCCGGCUGGCGGAUGCGGUGGGGCGCGAGGGGGCGGCGCGGGGCGCGCAGGCGCUGCGGAGUGCCUGUUGGAAGCGCUCGGCCGUGCAGGCGGAAGCCAAGCUGGCGGCUGCGUUGAAGCGCGUGAAGGACCUCAGCGAGGAGCUGCGUAAGCGGGACCUGGAGGCGCGGCAGCGCGACAAGUACACCUCGCAGCUGGAGCGCACCAUCAUAGCGCAGCACAAGACCCUGCAGCAGCAGCGGCGCCUGCUGGAGGCCGGAGAGACCGCCUCCGCCUCCGCAACGGGCGGCACCGGCGCCACGGCGGCUCGAGUGGGCGGUCCCCAUCAAGACGACGACGACGCCAUGCACAGCGCCGGUCUGGCCAACAAGGGCGCUGCCUGCGACAAGCUCGGCGCCGCCGCCAUGCAUGCCGCUCAGCCGCGUGACGGCGGCAAAGGCCCCUCCUCCUCCUUUGCGGCGCCGCCCUCCAGCGCUGUAGCAGGCGACGGCAGCAGCAGCGCAGCGUCGGGUGGCGGUGCCGCGGCGGGCAGCGGAGUGGGUGGAGGCGGCGGGCUGCGGCUGGCAUGGCCGGGGCCGGGGCUGCAGGGCUCUGAGGCGCCGCGGAGCCGGAGCCGCUACAGCCCGACAUCCUCGCCGCAGCGGCAGCCCUACUCGCAGCAUCCCAUGCAACAGCAGCCGCCGCAGCAGCAAGGUUUCCGGGAGCUGCAGCAGUCCCAGCAGCUCCAACAGGACUACUUGCAGGGCCCGUUCCUCGUUGACAGCAGCUGUUGGAGCUCCCCCGAGAGCCCGUCAGACGCAUCCCGCGGACGGGCGCCUCCUUUCCGGGCGUCUGCGGACGGCAGCGACCCAUGGGUCUUGCCGCCGCUGCCUUCGGGGCUUAGCGGGCGCUUGGACCUGAGCGUGAUGCCGCUGGUGUUGCAGCAGCGCGGGCAGCCGGCAGGGCUGAGGGCAGGGUGUGGACAGGAGCAGCUGCUUGCAGGGGAGCAGGCGGCGAGCCCCGUGGAUCUGGUCAACGGCUGCAUGCGGGGGACAGCCAACACGACCGGGACGAGAAGCAACGGCCUUCCAGCUUCAUCAGGCCCUCGGGCCGCUCCCCUGCAGCAGCAGCUGAGCCACGUGGAGGCCAGUCUGGCGCAGCUCUACCGCGAGCUGGAGGAGUUCAAGGACUACUCCAUGCAGCGUAACCGCUACGAGGAGGACCGCGGCCGCGGCGGCGGCGGCGGACAUGGUGGUGGUGGCAAUGCGGUGUUGGAUGCGGGCGAUGUAGGAGGCGCAGGCCUAGGCAAGGGUGCCGCGGACGGGUGUGGGGAUAGUGAACUGGGUUCGCCGCCGCCCGUGCUGCAGCGCUGCGCUACGCCGCCGCGGCGCAGCAGGAGCGAGGGUUUGGGUGCUGCUGCCGGCCGAGCGGAUGAGGGAGGAUGGCAAUGCGGCGAGGAGGAGGAUGGGGAGUGCUCUCACGCGCCGACCUUUGCCAUGCCCUCCAGUCCCACUUUUCACUCGCCAGGCAGCAGCCGACUGCAGCAACACAGGCCAGGUGAAGGCAGUACGGCUCGAGCGGCACCGCGGUGUGACCCAUGGGACGGCGGCGGCCAGUCGCCCAGUCGAGGUGGUCCCCCUGUUGCUGCUGCGUCUGCUUCCACACGCACCGUAUCCGAGGGUGGCGUCAGACGCAGCGCGGGUAUGUUGUACGACGAAGAUGACGUGUCCUUCCGGAAUGAUGGUGUCAUCCCUGAGACCUUCUUCCACGCCGGUAGCAGCCUCCCUGGAGCCCCUGCAGGUCCCAUGGGCCGACCGCCGUACGAAACGCAACGGGCCCUUGGAGGACUCCGUACCUCGGAUGAUGGCAGCGUGCAGUCCAUGCCGCACCGACCCGCUGGGUCGGCUGCGCUGCCAGUUCGGACCAGCAAGGCACAUCAGGCGCCGCAAUCCGCAUCAUGGGCUUCCGCUCCCGUGGGUGGUAAGGGCCGUCCUGGUACGGCAGCUGCCGUACAAGAUCCCUUCUUGGAUGAGGUUGAGAGCUCGGUGGCGGCAUCAUGCGGGUCCUCGGUACGGCAGCCUGAGCGGGAGUACGGCGGAGAGUCGCUUGCGCCUCCUUGCGUGCGGCCUGCUGGCGGCGGGAACGGAGGGUGUGGUGGCGGCGGCGGGUUUGACGAGGCUGGAUGCAGCGGAUGUAAGGGCUCUGCCGCAUGCCAGCCCUAUGGAGGCGCCCAAGUGGCAAAUGCAGAGGGCUGUGGCUAUCAGCCCCAUCAGAAUCCGGAGGAAGGCGGUGAAGCGGGUGCGCAGGGUGCUACAGCGCCCUGUCAACAGGCGGAAGAUGAGCAGCCGCGACAGCCCCUGCCAAACCACGUUCUGGGUCACCUCAUGCGUUGCACCCACCAUGCCGGUCCAAACCAAGCGCAUGGCUCAAGCGGUCGUGGCGGCUCAGCCAACCGAGCAUUCCGUCAUCAGGGCAGUACGGCAAGAGCAGCAAACAGCCCCUCAGGCAGCGCCUUCCCACCCGCCGCUCGUGCAGCAGUGCCCGGGACUAGCAGCAAGCGCCCCAUGUCCCCUCCAGGCGGCCUGCAUGGGAGCCCCAAAACUCGACCCGACCCACGGGUCAGUGGGGUUGAGGAGCUCACACGCAUCCUCAGGGCCACGCCGGCCGGCAGUGCAGCAACUUCACGGCAUGAGGACUCCGCACAGCAGCACCGGCGGGGUCAGGCGGCCUCACACCGGGGUCAGGGUGCAUGGGGACGAGCGUCUGGGGGCAGCCGCAGCCCAACGUCAACCGCAGCACCGGCGGCUAGCGCGGCGGCCUCCGACCGCAAUGCAGCAGCUGCUGCGGAGUCUUCAGGGGCGCUGACUUGCAGGACUGGGGCUGCCUAUGGAGCCAGCAAGGAACAGCGCCCCGGCCCCAGAAGCGCUCACGUUCACGGGACGUGGGGCUCAUCGGGCCCCAGUAAACGCACCUCAUCAAUGCGCAACAGCGUCAACGUUCCCUCCCAGCUCAGCUCACCGCGCACACCGUCCCGUGGGUCGGUCCAACAGCAUCACCAGACGGCCGCAGCCGGCGGCACUGCAGCGGCUGCUGGCGGCAGCACGUUGCCGCAGCAGCUUGCGUCACCGCUCGAAAUGUCGCCCAUUUCCACUCUGCUAGCCAACAUCAGCUCCAGCCCUACAGGGCCCCGAGCGUCCAUGUCCUCCCACUCGACUUCACAAGCGCAGGCUUGUAGCAGCAGGCAGUACGAUGACGUCAGCAGCGCGCCAAGCCAACCAUUCAUCACCGCCACCACCACCUCAUCAACCUCGCAUGCAAACCACCAGGCAUCAGCAGCUGAGCUGCACCGUAACAACGUAACCAGCAGCAGCUGCAUGCAAGGCGGCUCUCAGGCUGGCUCCUGGCCUGGGGAACGCAUGCUGAAUGGCGCCAGCGGUGACAGCACACGGGCCGGGGUCCGCAGCGGAGGUGGAGGUGCCAGCAGCAGUGGCAGCGCCGGUGUUGCGCAUGAUUUGCAUGGCAACUACGCACCCUCCGGGCCCAUGCCGCCGCGUAACUCUAGUGGAGGCGCAACCUUGCAUGCAGGACCAGGACCAGGACCCGUGGAGGUGUUGCCGACCGCGUCCGAGCGCGCCUGCGACUCCAAGGGCAGCACCGCCUCGCAGCGGCCCACGCUGGGGGGCUGGUUGCUGGCGGAGGCGACGUCGCGCGUGGAUGCCCUGGCGCUGCUAGACACGGGGAAUACUGGGCCCCGAAACCAACACCACCAACCGGUCCAGCAGCACCAACAGCAGCAGAACCUCCUCCAACAGUCGAACCAGCAGAACCAUACUGCGUUUUGGGGUCCGGAGGACGGGGGAUGUGCGCCGCAAGCUUCAGCAGCGGGCACCUCAGUCACGGCUUUGCAGCGGCUGCGCGAUAAACGGUUGCAGCGUAUUAGCCAGCAGCAGCCGCAGCCACAGCAGCAGUACGGCUCCCAACUGCAACGGCAGCAGCAACCGCCGCCGCCGCAGCAGCAGCAAGGUUGCCGCACAGAAGUGGGUGAGGGCGACGACUGGGAUGGUGGUAGCGGCGGCGGAGGACUGCAAGCCUUGGAUGCACAUAGCCGCCAACCUUUGCUGACGUCGCAUCAGUUACCAACGGCACAGCUGAUGCCGCCAGCAUUAGCUGAGGAAGGAAGCCUGCGGGCGCUACGCGACGCCAUGCGGGCAAGCUCAGUAGGCUCAGCAGGGCCUUCCUCCAGCCGAGAUUCAGCAGGCGGCGCGGCAGCCACAGCGACCAGUCGAGAGGCCUCCAGUGCUGGCGGCGGCUCCAGGGCCGCGGUCCCCAUCCCUGCAGAUUCCCUGCACGCAGCAGAAGACGGCGUCGUUGGGCAGGUACCGGUGGCGCAGGGCCGUGAAAGCAGCGGCGGGCAGAGAGGGCUGGUUGCUGCCUUGGCUGGUAGCGACCGCAGCAACACUCGGGAAUAUUCCAGCGGUGGGGCUUGGGCAGGAGCGCCCCAAGCAGGGCUUCUGGAUUCCGACCCUUCCUCCUCCUCGGCGUCGGCUGUUCCCCCGGCGGGGGGCCACCCGCUCAUGCAGCUGCUGGGCCAGGCAUCCGCUGACUUGCAGCUGCUUAGCAGCCGACUGAAGCCCCUGGUGGGUGGCAACGGCAGCAGCUAGUUGGGUUCAUUGGUCAUCGCCCGUGUUCUCCACCUGGGAACCAUUGUAGAAAGGGUCAUUCCUCAUUCGUUCUGCUGGUGUAUGAAAGUGGUGGUUUGUCGUCUGCCAGGUUGUAUGGGCUGGAGCGGGUGUGUCUGAAGUGGGUUUGGGGGCCUCGUAGCUUGUGGCUUGCUGCGUGCUGUGGGGGCUUGAGUUUACUGGUAGCGCUAUGUGUUUUGUUGGCAGCUAAGGCGAUUUGGACCUCAGGAGUGGUUCAUGCAGUGCUUCUCGAGUUUGGCAGGAUUGGAUUGGUUAGGUAUUCCUCGAUCGGCAGGUAGUGCUACCGUUCCUAUGUAAAAGUUAUGGCACAUGGAUAAGGCCUGGAGCCUUUAUGGAAGUAUCCGCGCCUAAACAAGAUCAUCAAGCUUAUCUUCAAGACCGCGACGCAGAAUCGGCACUUUAAAAGGGGC